UUCCAAAAGGAGAAACGGUGCCAUUGUUAGGGGGGUCUGUCAUAGAGAGCGAGAGAGAGGCGCACCGUAAUUAUGAUGUGACGCACUCCCGUAAGCACGUUGCUCCCCAAAUGCACCCUUACAACCGGCUACCGAGCAGUGGCCACUCCACCCCGUCACCGCCGCAGUCACCACUCCGUUCCCCUCGCCUCCGCCACUCCCGCUCCAAGCCCAACCGCUUCAACCCGACCCGAACCGGUCCACAACGGCUCGCGUGGGUCUUUCUCUCUAUCCUCCUUCGGCGCCAAGGCGUGUUCCUCUUCGCACCUCUCAUCUAUAUAUCGGGGAUGCUUCUCUACAUGGCCACCGUCUCCUUCGACGUCAUUCCCAUCAUCAACCACCGUCCCGCCCCUGGCUCCCUCUACCGCAGCCCUGAACUCUACGCCAAGCUCCGAACCUCCAUGGACGCCGACGAUUCUUCCGACGAUGCGAUAUCAAUGAUAUGGAAGAUUCCGUAUAAAGGUGGUGAUUGGAAGCCAUGCAUAGAUAGACCUUCAGAAGGCCUUCCUGAAUCAAAUGGAUACAUUUAUGUAGAGGCUAAUGGUGGCUUAAAUCAGCAAAGGGCAUCGGUGUGCAAUGCUGUUGCUGUGGCUGGCUAUUUGAAUGCUACACUUGUGAUUCCGAAUUUCCACUAUCAUAGUAUAUGGAAAGAUCCUAGCAAAUUCAGUGACAUUUAUGAUGAAGAAUAUUUUGUCAAUACCUUGAAAAAUGAUGUACGGGUGGUUGAAAAAAUUCCUGAGUACCUGAUGGAAAGAUUUGGCAGCAACAUGACAAAUGUUUACAAUUUCAGGAUAAAGGCUUGGUCAUCCAUUCAGUAUUACAAGGAUGUGGUACUCCCAAAGUUACUUGAAGAAAAGGUUAUAAGAAUUUCACCAUUUGCAAAUAGAUUGUCAUUUGAUGCUCCUCCAGUUGUGCAAGGCCUUAGAUGCUUAGCAAAUUAUGAAGCUUUACGAUUUUCAAGUCCUUUAUUGACCAUGGGUGAAGCUUUGGUCUCAAGAAUGAAGAAACAUAGCUUAAUGAAUGGUGGCAAAUAUGUCUCCAUACAUCUUCGUUUUGAAGAGGAUAUGGUUGCUUUCUCUUGUUGCGUUUUUUAUGGUGGAAAACAGGAGAGAGACGACAUGGUUGCUGCAAGAGAAAGAGGUUGGAAAGGGAAGUUUACAAAACCUGGACGAGUUAUACGUCCUGGAGCAAUCAGGAUCAAUGGAAAGUGUCCCCUCACUCCAUUAGAGGUUGGCCUUAUGCUGAGGGGAAUGGGUUUCACAAAGAACACAUCUAUCUAUUUGGCAUCAGGAAAAAUAUAUAAUGCUGAGAAAACAAUGGCCCCGCUACAGGAAAUGUUUCCUAAUUUGCAUACUAAGGAAACUCUAGCAUCUGAAGAGGAACUUGCUCCAUUUAAGAAUUAUUCUUCCAGGAUGGCUGCUAUAGACUACACUGUUUGUCUUCAUAGCGAGGUGUUUGUCACCACUCAGGGUGGUAACUUCCCCCAUUUUCUACUGGGCCACAGAAGAUACUUGUAUGGUGGACACUCUAAGACAAUUAAGCCUGAUAAACGGAAGUUGGCAUUACUCUUCGAUAGUAUCAAUAUUGAAUGGAAAACUCUCAAGCGUCAUUUACUGAACAUGAGGUCAAAUAGCGAUUCCAAAGGAGUUGAGCUCAAAAGACCAAAUGAUUCAAUAUAUAGUUUUCCAUGCCCUGAUUGUAUGUGUCGUGCUAAUAGAACUGUUGAUUCAAGAUCAUCUGCCACUUGAUAUAUUGACAGAAUUUUAUGGGUGUUACUUAAUGUCUCCUAUGAUUUUAUGAGUCUGUCUUGCUGCUGACUGCCUUUUGUUGGUAUCACGAUUAUUUCAUUUUUUCACCCUUUCCAUCUGGUGAGAGGGCAUAAAACUCAAUUUUGGGAGCUUAACAGGAUUUUGUUGAUUAUUUCUUGUGAUUGGAUUUCACGGGAGUGGCAUCGUUUUUGCACAUUAUGCCAGUGAGAACAGAGCAAAAUUGUUCAAUUGCAAGAUUCUCUCCCCAGACAUUGACUGAGCAUUGCUUAGUAUAUUAAAUUAACAGCUGCUGUGUUUAACAAGCAAUGGAAAAACGAACUUAUUCCAUCACAGCAUGCCUGUACAUUACCUGGAGAAUGUUCUUCGCAUCUUGAGGCUGUAGCAACAGAUUGUUACGUGUACAUUAACAAAAUUCAGCUUGGGUAAAGCUUUGUAUUUUCUUUGUUCCUGUUAUAGAUUCUAUUUUCUGUUUGCCCUCACAUUGAGGGCCCCGUUGUUAGUUGUAUGUCUGUAUCUGAGCACAUUUGUUAUUCUUUUACAUUGGUACCCCAUUGUUUUAGUAAUGAUACCAGUGAAUGUAAUUAAUUUGCCAGUAAUGACUUGCAAUUGCAAAAGGCUCUCAAUAGACAUUGUGUUUGGAUUUCCAGGUGGACUUGUGGCCGUAGGAAAUGCAUGCAGAAUGUUCGUAACAUGUAAAGAAAUUUUCAAAUAUUUCAUUUAUUUGUUUAUUUAGUUGUUAUUAUUAUUCCGUAGUUAGGUCUUGUUUUGUGCCAAUUUAUGUUGUACGGAUUGAGAAGAGGUGAAGCAGGCUUUAAAAAUUUCUAUAUAUGAUUUAGUUUUUG